AUGGGCGACUUGACUACCCCCACUGAACCCCGUGCAGGCCUCAUGGGCUGGCUUCGCUUCUACGGCUCAACAGUGAUGUACUCCGGCCUCCCUCUCUUCUUCUGGAAUCGCCCAGCAUGGACCGAAAAGGACAUGGUGGACCAGUCGGGCAAGGUGGAUAUGGAUACUCCAGCAGCCUAUUACGACCACGGUGCCAAGGUGUACAUCGCCUGCCGUUCCGCUGACCGUGCAAAGGCGGCCAUUGAUGACAUCAAGAAGGGCGGCAGCGUCACACUCCAGGGCAAGAUGGUAUACCAGCCCACAGUGGAGAACAGCAAGACGGGCUCUGUCGAGUACAUCCAACUCGACCUCGCCGACCUCACCAGUGUUGAGCAGUGUGCAGCCGAGUUCCUCUCGCGUGAGGAGCGCCUCGACAUUCUCUUUGCCAACGCCGGCAUAAUGGCACUUCCCCCGGGACAGUACACCAAGCAGGGCUACUCGAUGCAGUGGGGCACAAAUGUAUUGGGUCACCAGCGCCUUAUCUCGCUCCUUCUUCCCGUCCUGCAGGCCACAUCAAGGGCAAACCCCACCGCUCCCUCGCGAUUGAUUACCCUCGCUUCGGCUGCCCAUUCAACUGCCCCUACUGGUGGCGUGGACUACGAGUCGCUUAAGAAGGGUGGCAAGGUCCUCGAGCGGUGGAUCGAGUACGGCGAGAGCAAGUGGGGUGACAUUGCUCUGGCAAAGUGGGUUGAUGCUCACCAUGGCCCCAAGUCUGGCUCUACUGGCGGUGAAGUUCUGGCAUGUGCAGUUCACCCAGGUCUGGUGUCCACACCCCUCUAUACCCAUGUCUCCGCCGCCAGUCUCCUGCCAUACCUCCCUUGGGUCCACGCUAUGAUCAACGUUACAGCCAAGGACGGAGCUCUCGCUCAGCUUUGGGCGGCUGAAGUUCCUGUCCACAAGGCCCGCGAGCUGUCGGGUGGAUAUGUUGCACCAUACGAGUCCAAGAUUACGCACCGCCCAGACCUCACCGUCGAGGCGGCCGAGAAGGUGUGGGAGUGGUGUGAGCAGCAAGCCCGCCGCACCGAUUAG